AUGAAGCGGUCAAAUUACCACCCUGCCAUGCCGGGUUUUGAAGCAGACAGUGAAAAUCAUGGCAUAGUAUAUACGCCACCCGUGCAUGCAAUGAAAAGCGUGGGCAAAGCUAUUGUCAAGUUGAUCAUUGCUAGAGGCGAAUUUGAGUCGGAUUGGAUAUAUUCAAAUAAAAAAACAUACAACAGUGAGGAUUCGCUGGUGGUCACCCACCCAACUACUAACUCACCGGCGUGUGGCUUAAGUACGGCUGAGCGGACGGGAAGCCCUGUUUUCCACACCCUAUGGUCGUAUGUGAGUGGUAUGGCAUAA